ACAACUUCUUAUUUCUCGAAUACCUUACAAAGGAGUGAGUCGAAAAGAGCAUUAGAAUCAAGAACUUCAAGUUGCCAAGCCAGAGAAAUAACAGAACCUAAACUCCUUAGCUUCAGAAAAUGGCUGUCAUGGUUAAGCCUUGGGCCGUCAUCGCCACUUUCGUCCUGUGCGUGCUUCUGUGUCUCGGGACCUUUGUGGAAGCCUAUCCGCCCAAACCAGAGAACCCUGGAGAUGACGCUCCCCCGGAUGAGCUAGCCAAAUAUUACACUGCGCUGAGACAUUACAUCAACCUCAUCACGAGACAAAGGUAUGGAAAAAGGUCCACCUCAGAAGAUGUAAUGGCGGAGAUGCUUUUUGGGGAUGACACAGACCGUAAACAGAGAUCAAGAUAUGAUGACUCUUACAUGUGGUGAAGUUCAGUGACCCCUGUGCAUUGACUGUCCUGAGCUAAGCCCUCCUGUGCCUCCAGACAUCCAUAUGACAGCCAAACACCAUCAGAGAAUCACAUUCAGCCCUUUAUUAAAUGCAUAGUCUUUUUCUUUUCAUGUGCCCAGAACAACUCUUAUUAACUGUAUAUAAUAAAUUAUAAUAGAAAAUAUUAAAAGUAAUGUAUAUGUGUAUACUUCGUUGUGU